UUACAAAAAAAACCAUUCACUCAAGUGUUCGCCUUGUUCUUUUGUCAGCCACAGUUUGUUGUGGCUGUUAUCACUGCGAAAUCGCGUAAUUAUUACAUAGUCGAUUAGGACGUUUGGAUUUCUUUAACUAAAGAAAAUUUACUAAAUUGAGGAAAUCAUCGUUUGGUAAAGAGUGGUUCAGAUUGAUCCACCAAUCCGAGCAAAGUUUUCAAGGGGCGAAGAUUGUGUUGUUAAAUCAAUGAAACUUCCGGACUUCAAUCAGUCAAUGUGCUGACUAAUUCACUUCCACACGAACAGCAGCAGCGAGAAGACGAUUUGCCAUUUGGAAAUAUUGAUUAGCUGUCGAGGCGACGAUAAGCGCGCUGUGGUCAGCAGAACCAAGCUAGUAGUCAUCGUACGUCGUAGUUGGCCGUGCGGACAGUAAAACUUGGCAUUUGUGUGAAAUUUGCCAUCAUAGUCAAAGCAACCCAACAAGAUGUUGAGCUCCAUCAAGAAGUCGAUCUCUUCCGUGUAUCUGCUGUACGAGCUGAACACCUGCAUCUACAUGCUGGAUCCGUGGGAGAAGAAGUUCAUCAAUGGUGUCAUUUUCAGCAUUCUUGCCCUGCUGGUAUUUUCCAGUUACGUGUACCUGCCGAGCUACACCCGGAAACUGAUCAACGCCUUCAUGCCGACCGGCAGUGAGCUGACCCUGGACCUGAUGGAUCACCACCAGCAACCGGUUGACUACGGCGUCAACUAGUUAGUCAUGAUGGAUCAACGACGAUUAGAAAAAUCGGUCUUCUCACAAAUUGAACAAGUUUUACAGGAACGGAACCGUUUUUUUCUUAUUAGGAGACCAAUCAGCGAAGCAAAGGAGUAUCUCGCAUUUACAAAAUAACAAUAAUUAUACGAUGCUAGUUGAAGGAGCACACAAAAAUUGCUAUUAGAAAGUUGUUAGACGCUAGAUUUUGUAGGUUAAAUCGGAAAGUUGGAGAAUUUCAGAAACUUGGAAAGACAAUUAUAUUCAAAUUAGGUGCUGGCUGCUACAAGCGGAUACAAAAUAUGGCUUAAGAGAUUCCAUAACUUUUCCUCAAGUCAAGUUUUUCUAACCUUCUUAGUACUGAUUGCUUCUAGCUGGAGAACUAGAAUAGGAUGUAGGAUGUGCGUGCACUCGCCCGGAUGUGUCGCCCAGUCAAUACUGGGUGGCCGAAGCUGGCGGGAGCCAAGUGAAAUUAGGGCUGUUUUUUAUCUUAAGAUAAUACCUAUCAUAACUACUAUCAUAUAGUUGAGUGCUAAUAAUUUUGUAACAAUCUAGAACAAAACGUGAAUUUACCUUCAAUCAAGAAACGUUAAUGAAUUCGCUUUAACUUCGUUUGUAAUUGAUUUUUUUUAAUCCUACUCUUUGUAAAUUCUUACAUUUAAUAAAAUCUUUUUACUACAAGACAUCA